AUGACACAAGCAUCGAUCCCGGACUUUUCAGCAGGUGCUAUGGAGAACUGGGGCUUACUCACUUACAGAGCCUACGACACCGCGCUGCCUAUUCACUUGUUCCAAGCUUUAGAAAGAGUGGGAAAUAGUUCUGGUUCUUUCUCCGCUUACGGAUCUGAUUUUAAUUUCAUAGAAUACUAUAGGGGUUGGACUGAGGAACCUGGGCAUCCUGUAUUAAACGUUAAUGUUAAUCACCGGACUGGAGACAUGACUAUCACUCAGAUUGUUAACGACGUGUUCCAAUUCGCUCGCUCGGGCCUGAUGACAUACACUAGAGCAUUUAAUAUUCUCUCCUUCUUAGAAAACGAAACAGAGUACGCGCCUUGGAUGGCGGCAAUUACUGGAUUCUCCUGGAUAAGAAAUAGAUUUGCAGGCACACCGCAUCUGACCCGAAUAGAGGCUCAGAUAGCUAGGUGGGCCAAUACUGCAAUAACAGGUCUGACCUACUACCCAAUAAAUGGUGAAUCAUUCAUGCGCUCUUAUCUACGAUAUCAACUAGCACCAAUGUUGUGUUCAAUGAACGUGCAGGAAUGUAGGAACGCCGCCAACCAACAGUUCCGUAAUUUAGUUAAUAAUGGUGUCGAGGUUCCACCAAACAGUCGUAAUUGGGUAUAUUGUAAUGGACUCCGAGAGGGAACCGAGGCAGACUUCAAUUUCUUGUGGAAUCGUUUCCGAAACCACAAUGUCUACACUGAGAAAAUUCAACUGCUCAUGGUUCUGGGCUGCACUCCUCAUGCUAACUCACUUAAUACGAUCCUGAGGACUAUAGUGAACGACACCUUCGUUAUCCGUCCCCAAGAUUUUACGACAACACUUAACUCAGCCGUUACGGGUAAUGAGGGUAACACGCAAAUCGUCUUCCAAUUCAUUAGGAACAACCUUCAGUUAGUUAUAAAUGCUUUUGGAUCUGCCUCUACGCCUCUCUCAUACAUUUCUGCUAGACUGAGAAAUGAAGCUGAAAUCAACGAGUUCCAAGCGUGGGCGAAUCAAAAUCAGGCGUUACUAGGCAAUGACUAUCAGAGCGUGUUGAAUGGCGCCGUGGCAGCCCGCGAAAGUAUCCAAUGGGCUGCAUCAGUGGCAAACGACGUUAACAACUACCUGACAAACGGAAACGACAACAUCCAACCAAGCACAGCCACUACGCAACUAGUAACUCAACCCACUACCGUGACGGCGCCACCAAUAUCCGAGCCCUCAACUCCGGCUCUUCCAGAUUCCGCAGGCAGCCUUGGUUACAGUCCUGUGCCGGUCCCUGAUGAAGAAUGGGAAGAGUUUUUCAGGACCCUAAGGGAUCCCGCAUACCGGUUACCCACAACCACCCGACCUCGGCAUUACGAAGUAUCCUUGAAUCCGUAUUUUGACGUCGUGCCCGUAAAUACAACGGCCUUUACCUUCGAUGCCGCGGGCAACAACACCCAAAGGCCUUUUGAAAUCUAUGCACGUAACAAUGCUGGCUCCACUGGCGAAUGGUCCCUUGAAAUUGGUGAAUUACUUUUAACAGCCAUGGAGGAGAAAACUCAAAUUCCUUACUAUACAAUGGCUGAGAACCUAGGCAUGCAGCAAGCGGCGAUUCCAGACUUCUCCGCCGGUGCUAUGGAAAAUUGGGGUCUCUUAACUUACAGGGAAGCGCUGAUAUUGUACGACCCCCUCAAUUCCAAUCACUUCUACAAGCAACGUGUAGCAAACAUAGUGUCUCAUGAAGUGGUACAUAUGUGGUUCGGAAAUCUCGUCACCUGCGCGUGGUGGGAUAAUCUUUGGCUCAACGAAGGCUUUGCUAGAUACUAUCAGUAUUACCUUACACACUCGGUAGCAAGAGACCUCGGCUUCGACACCCGCUUCAUUGUGGAACAACUGCAGACGGUCAUGAUCUCCGAUUCCAUAGACUCGGCCCACGCCCUCACCGAUCCUUCUGUCAACGACCCAGCCAGCGUCAGUGCUCACUUCUCUGCUAUCACCUACGCUCGGGGAGCCGCGAUCAUAAGGAUGACCCAACACCUUCUCGGAGAUGACACAUUUGAUAAAGGGCUUCGCUUUUAUUUGUUAGACAGGAAAUUUGACGUGGCCGAGCCUCAUCAUUUGUUCCGAGCCCUCGACGCCGCCGCCGCAGAAGACAAUGCCUUGACCGCUUACGGUGGUGUCACCAUUGACACUUACUUCAGGUCCUGGUCCGAAAAGGCUGGCCAUCCAUUGCUCACUGUAACUGUCGACCAGAGAACGGGCCGCAUGAUUGUAGUACAGUCACGUUGGGAACGUAACACAGGCGUAUCGCAAUUCCCGGGCCUUUGGUACGUCCCUAUUACUUGGACCAGGGCUGGCGCACCCGAUUUCGAGAACUUGAAGCCAUCACAGAUAAUAUCUGCUCAAAGCACGCUUAUUCAAAGGGGCACUACUGGACUUGAAUGGGUCCUCUUCAACAAACAGGAGUCUGGGUUCUACAGAGUAAACUACGACGACACUAACUGGGCGCUACUAACUAGAGCGUUGCGAAGUGCAAAUAGAACAGUUAUUCAUGAAAUCAACCGCGCUCAGAUAGUGGACGACUUAUUUGCGCUCGCUAGAGCUGGCGUCAAGAACUACGAUAGAAUAUACAAUAUAUUGUCCUUCCUAGAGUUUGAAGAUGGAUAUGCACCUUGGAUUGCAGCAAUUAACGGUUUUAACUUUGUUAUUAGAAGACUGGCACAUGACACAACCAAUCUUCAAAAAUUAUUUGGCGUAAUUAACAACUUGAGUGUAGCAGUAACCAGAAGGCUUGGCUAUUCUGAAGUAUCCGGCGAGUCCUACAUGGACGGCCUACUGAGAAUGUACCUCCUUACGUUCCUCUGCAAUAUUGGCCACCAGCAAUGUGUGUCGGAAGGUAGGAGAAACUUCCAAAACUGGAAGAACGGAACUUUCAUUCCAGCGAACAUGCGUCCUUGGGUUUACUGCGUUGGUCUUCGCGAAGGGAACGAGGAGGACUUCACUUACUUCUGGAAUCGCUACCUCGCCGAGGAUCUCGCCAGUGAGAAGGUGGUGAUGCUGGAGGCGGCUGGUUGCACCAGCAAUCAGGCGAGCCUGUGGAGAUACUUGGACGCUAUCGUCACCCUCGAUGACGCGGUCCGACCUCAAGAUUACAACGUCGCGAUAAACGCAGCCGUCUCUGGCAAUGAGGCCAAUACGAUGAGGGCGUUCGAGUGGUUGAGGAACAACAUUGCCAGGACUACUGCGGCGUUAGGAAGUGUAGCCACUCCAGUAAGCAAUAUUGCGGGACGUCUUUUGAACGAACAACAAAUCACCGAGUUCCAAACAUGGCUUGAUGCUAAUCGCGAGGCCAUCGGCGCUGCAUAUAACACUGGUAUCAAUGGCAUAGCUGCAACAAGAACUAAUCUUGCAUGGUCUCGUCAACGCACCAGCGAAAUGGAACGAUACUUCGAGGCUGGAUAUGUAGAGGACAUCAUAGAAGAUAUUAACGAUGGCGAGGAAGAUAAAGAAGAAAUAGAACAAGAGAAGGAAGAAGAACAAGGUAUCGAAGAAGAGGGAACGGACUCUGCAAAUAUUGCAGCACUGAGUGUCUUUACUCUCGUUGUUACGCUCACCAUUAACCUUAUGGCU